AGCCACUUUGGCUCAAGGAAUUUUGGCGCAACGGGAUAUCGAAUCCAGCCGCAGCCGCAGCCAUGGCAGCCUUCGCGGUGGCCGGGGCCGCCCAGCCCCUCACCGCAGGCAGCGCUCCAGCGGCGCAGCCGGCGCAGGCCCUCCGCGCGGCCUCGCUGCGCGGGUCGCCCGCGCCGGCCGCCGAGGCGUCGCCGUGGCUGCUCGCCACCGCGGCGGCGGGCGCCGCGGCCGUGGGCGCCGCGGCGGCCGCGGCGCCUCGCCGCCGCGCGCGCGCCGCGCCGCUGGCCGGAGCAUCGCGGGCGCGCGUGACGCCCGUGGCGUCGCAGGGGCAGCAGCGCACCUUGCGGGGCGCGCGCGUGGUGGUCUGCGCGGGCGCCAAGCUCCCCGAGGGCCGCAAGCUGCGCGUGGCCGUCAUCGGCGGCGGCCCAGGCGGCGCUUCGUGCGCGGUGAAGCUCGCCGAGGGCGGCGUGGAGACGUACCUCAUCGAGCGCAAGUUGGACAACUGCAAGCCGUGCGGGGGCGCGAUCCCGCUCUGCAUGGUGGAGGAGUUCAACCUGCCGCCGCAGCUCGUCGACAGGUGCGUGCGCAAGAUGACCAUGAUCUCGCCCUCCAACAGGGAGGUGCAGAUUGGCCAGACGCUCAAGGACGACGAGUACAUCGGCAUGGUGCGCCGCGAGGUGCUGGACAAGCACCUGCGCGACACCGCGGCCGAGAAGGGCGCCACGGUCAUCAACGCCUCUUCAUGGGCAUGGACAUGCCGCAGAGCGAACGGCGACCCGUACGUGCUGAGCUACAACGACCUCGGCGACCAGACGGGGGCCGCGCGCAAGGGCGUCAAGAAGACGCUGGAGGUCGACGUUGUGAUCGGCGCAGACGGCGCUAACAGCCGGGUGGCCAAGGAGAUCGAGGCCGGGGACUACGAGUACGCCAUCGCCUUCCAGGAGCGCAUGACCAUCGACGAGAAGAAGAUGGAGUACUACAAGGAACUUCUACGCGUGGGUCUUCCCCAAUACGACCACGUCGCCGUGGGCACGGGCACCGUCAUCGACAAGAAGGGCAUCCAGAAGUACCAGCAGGGCAUCCGGGACCGCGCCGCUCCCCGCAUCGAGGGGGGCGAGAUCAUCCGCGUGGAGGCCCACCCCAUCCCGGAGCACCCCCGCCCGUGGCGAACGAAGGGGCGCUGCACCCUGAUCGGCGACGCGGCGGGCUACGUGACCAAGUGCUCCGGCGAGGGGAUCUACUUCGCGGGCAAGAGCGGCUUCAUGUGCGCCGAGGAGGUCGUCAGGGCCUCUGAGAACGGCACCCGCAUGAUCGACGAGAACGACCUGAAGGUCUACAUCCGCAAGUUCGAUGAGCAGUACGGCCCCACCUACAUCGUGCUGGACGCGUUGCAGAAGGUCUUCUACACCUCCGACGCGGCCCGCGAGAGCUUCGUAGAGUUGUGCGAGGAGGAGUACGUGCAGAAGGUCACCUUCGACUCGUACCUGUACAAGACCGUGCAGGGCAACAACCCGAUGGGCGACCUCAAGCUGGGCUGGAAGACGCUCACCAGCCUGUGGAACUACAACAAGAACCCCCCGCCCCCCAUGAAGAAGCUCGAGGCCCUCCGCGCGGCCUCGCUGCGCGGGUCGCCCGCGCCGGCCGCCGAGGCGUCGCCGUGGCUGCUCGCCACCGCGGCGGCGGGCGCCGCGGCCGUGGGCGCCGCGGCGGCCGCGGCGCCUCGCCGCCGCGCGCGCGCCGCGCCGCUGGCCGGAGCAUCGCGGGCGCGCGUGACGCCCGUGGCGUCGCAGGGGCAGCAGCGCACCUUGCGGGGCGCGCGCGUGGUGGUUUGCGCGGGCGCCAAGCUCCCCGAGGGCCGCAAGCUGCGCGUGGCCGUCAUCGGCGGCGGCCCAGGCGGCGCUUCGUGCGCGGUGAAGCUCGCCGAGGGUGGCGUGGAGACGUACCUCAUCGAGCGCAAGUUGGACAACUGCAAGCCGUGCGGGGGCGCGAUCCCGCUCUGCAUGGUGGAGGAGUUCAACCUGCCGCCGCAGCUCGUCGACAGGCGCGUGCGCAAGAUGACCAUGAUCUCGCCCUCCAACAGGGAGGUGCAGAUUGGCCAGACGCUCAAGGACGACGAGUACAUCGGCAUGGUGCGCCGCGAGGUGCUGGACAAGCACCUGCGCGACACCGCGGCCGAGAAGGGCGCCACGGUCAUCAACGGCCUCUUCAUGGGCAUGGACAUGCCGCAGAGCGACGGCGACCCGUACGUGCUGAGCUACAACGACCUCGGCGACCAGACGGGGGCCGCGCGCAAGGGCGUCAAGAAGACGCUGGAGGUCGACGUUGUGAUCGGCGCAGACGGCGCUAACAGCCGGGUGGCCAAGGAGAUCGAGGCCGGGGACUACGAGUACGCCAUCGCCUUCCAGGAGCGCAUGACCAUCGACGAGAAGAAGAUGGAGUACUACAAGGAGAGGGCCGAGAUGUACGUCGGCGAGGACGUGUCUCCAGACUUCUACGCGUGGGUCUUCCCCAAGUACGACCACGUCGCCGUGGGCACGGGCACCGUCAUCGACAAGAAGGGCAUCCAGAAGUACCAGCAGGGCAUCCGGGACCGCGCCGCUCCCCGCAUCGAGGGGGGCGAGAUCAUCCGCGUGGAGGCCCACCCCAUCCCGGAGCACCCCCGCCCGUGGCGAACGAAGGGGCGCUGCACCCUGAUCGGCGACGCGGCGGGCUACGUGACCAAGUGCUCCGGCGAGGGGAUCUACUUCGCGGGCAAGAGCGGCUUCAUGUGCGCCGAGGAGGUCGUCAGGGCCUCUGAGAACGGCACCCGCAUGAUCGACGAGAACGACCUGAAGGUCUACAUCCGCAAGUUCGAUGAGCAGUACGGCCCCACCUACAUCGUGCUGGACGCGUUGCAGAAGGUCUUCUACACCUCCGACGCGGCCCGCGAGAGCUUCGUAGAGUUGUGCGAGGAGGAGUACGUGCAGAAGGUCACCUUCGACUCGUACCUGUACAAGACCGUGCAGGGCAACAACCCGAUGGGCGACCUCAAGCUGGGCUGGAAGACGCUCACCAGCCUGUGGAACUACAACAAGAACCCCCCACCCCCCAUGAAGAAGCUCGAGGUGGCGUAG